AUGAGGGCUGAGGCUCAGCGGCAGGCGGCGGAGGUGGCGUACGUGAAGGGGGCGGCAGUGUGCACAGAGGGGCAUAUCAACGACGUGAAGCUGGAACUCGCGGCGCUGAAGGCUGGUGCUGCGGACAAGAGCCGCGGCGAGCGCGAGGAGAGCAGCGCAGAGGAGCAUGCGGGAGCGGAGAGGCGGAAGAGGGAGGGGUCACUGGGGAAGGAAGGGGAGGUGGCAUGUGCUGCUGCGGGCAUCGAUUCUAAGCUUACUACCGCUUGUAGUGGGAGCGAAGAAAAGGGAGAGGAAGAGGAAAGAGAGAGCGAAGAGGAGUGGGAAGCAAAUGGUGAGGCGGUUGACACGGAGGCUGAGCUGCAGGAAGUGUGGGAGCGAGUGGAAGCUCUGGAGGAAACGAGCCCUAAGACGUGGGAGGCAGUGAUGAAGCUGUGGAGCAAAGUUACUCCAGGCGAGACGUGCAUGGACCUCAGCAGCAUCCACCUCUCCGACCGUGCUCUCACGCGAGCCACCUCCUUGUGCUCUCUCACGUGGCUCAGCCUUCGGACUUCCUCCAGCUUCGCUGUAGAGGGGGUGCCAUAG